AGAUUAGUAACCGCGUGUUGGCUCAAGACAAUCCAACGUCAUGAGCUUGUUUGGGCCAAGCGCUGGGUUUGGCGCGGGAGGAUUCGGAGCGGCAACCACGGACACACACAACCCAAUGAAGGUAACGUAGCUAGCUAGAAAAUAACAUUCCCUUUCAGUAACCUGCUUAAUGACUAAUCUAGUUGAUUAUUAGAACUUGUUCUGAGAGGUAUCAUUAAUUUGAAUAAUGUGUGAUCUCAUAUAGGAUGUGGAAGUAACCUCACCCCCAGAUGACAGCAUCAGUUGCUUGGCGUUUAGUCCCCCUGCCAUGCCAGGGAACUUCUUGAUAGGGGGGUCCUGGGCCAAUGAUGUGAGUCAAGUCAUUAUGUUCCACUUCAAGUGCUCACUUCAGAUGCAUGCCUUUUUGAUAUGAGUCUAAAACCAUUCACUUUGUAACACGUGACUGUUUUCUUCCAUUUUUCCAGGUGAGGUGUUGGGAGGUACAGGACAACGGGCAGACAGUCCCCAAAGCCCAGCAGAUGCACACAGGUCCAGUCCUUGAUGUCUGCUGGAGCGAAGUAAGCCCUCUCACAUCACAUAUCUUUACGAACCAUAUGAGGUGUUUGAAUGAAACUUGACUUAUUAGUUCCCUUGCUCUCUCAGGACGGAAGCAAGGUUUUCACAGCGUCUUGUGAUAAGACUGCCAAAAUGUGGGAUCUCAACAGCAACCAGGCAAUACAGAUCGCACAGGUAAAUAUUUCAGACUAUGAAAACUGUUUUUAAGUGUUAUUUUUCAAAUGGUAGUUUCAUCACCUCUCUGUGCAACAGAGGGGAAUCGCUUCCCUUGAUUACAUUAUGACAAGUUCUGUUGAACCUAGAUCAGAUUAGAAAUGGUAUUGAUUUGUGUUUCCUCUUAGCAUGACGCUCCUAUCAGAACAGUCCACUGGAUCAAAGCCCCCAACUACAACUGCAUCAUGACAGGCAGCUGGGACAAAACUCUGAAGGUAAGAAAAAUGAUUGGUAUUGGAAACAAUCCUUGUUCCAAAAUGAUCAUCUAUUUUAUAUCAUAGUUAUUAUAUAGUUAUACAGGGCAUAAAAGAAAUAGAGCCAAACAUUCCUUUAUCCCAGUGGCAGUAAAGCUCCUGAAUGACGUCUGGCCUACAGUUGACAUUGUUGUUGACGGUGUACUGAUGUGUACAGUUGAAUCAUUAUGAAAUACCCAUGAAUUGCACUUUUUCUAUUCUCAUUGUAUUUAUUGUUUAUAUUUGUAUUUAUGUCAUUGUAUGCUUGAUAUGUUUUAAUGUACACAGUGCCGCAAAAAAAAUAUCCCCACGCACGGGGAUAAUAAUGUAAUUAUCUUACUUACCGUAAUGGUUAAUUUGCUCACUUGUUUGAUUUGCUCAUAUAGUUCUGGGACACCCGCUCGCCCAACCCAAUGAUGUCCCUGCAGCUGCCGGAGAGGUGCUACUGUGCAGACGUGGUGAGGACCUAGUGCUAACGCUCCAGUGAUUCAUAUUCUUUAAGUGGUUUUCUAUAAUAACUGAAUAGCGAGGACUGAAUAGUGAUUUGAAUUGUGUUCAGCAGUUAAAUGUUCAAAACAUUUAGAUAAGUGUGCUGUGUCCUGGUUUUAUAAAAUGUAUGCACACAUGACUGUAAGUCGCUUUGGAUAAAAGCGUCUGCUAAAUGGCUUAUUAUUAUUAUUAUGUGUUGUCUGCUGAUUGGUGAGCUGACUGCUGUUGUUUCCAGGUGUACCCCAUGGCAGUGGUAGCGUCUGCAGAGCGAGGUUUGAUUGUAUAUCAGCUUGAGAACCAGCCGUCUGAGUUCAGGAGGAUAGACUCACCACUCAAACACCAGGUGACUGGUUUCACAUACCAGGUGACUUACAGGUCUCCCUAAAACAGGUCUUCCUGGAUAAAUAAAGGUUCAAUAAAAAAAAGACCAACACAUUUACAGGACUGUCUACUAAUGUACAUACACACUUUUCUGCCUCGCACAUAUUACACUCACCUUUUCACAGAGUGCCGUUUCCAUUGAUUAUCAGUUAUUAUUGAGUAGUUAAUGCCUGUAGUGUACACCCUAACACCAACUCUUCCGUCUCCCUGUAUCAGCACCGCUGCAUAGCCAUCUUUAAGGACAAACAGAACAAGCCUGCUGGAUUUGCUCUUGGGAGCAUUGAAGGGCGGGUCGCCAUUCACUACAUCAACCCCCCUAACCCGUGAGUGCCACAAACCGUGUGAUUUUCCUUACAAACUGUGAGAAAGACCUUAGCUAUCACCCAUGGCACCCUACUCACCACACUGUGUGUUUUUGUGUUGUAGAGCCAAGGAUAACUUCACCUUCAAGUGCCACAGGUCGAAUGGAACCAACACAGCCACACCGCAAGACAUCUAUGCUGUGAGUCCAGCUUGUGCUCUCUCCACCCUGCUAUCAUAUCAGUUUGGCUACAGUCAGUAGGAAGCGUAAGAUGUUGGGGUGUUUUUCAUGCAAACAGCUUGCUGUUUCUGAUCAAACAGGUGAAUGCCAUCUCCUUCCAUCCUGUCCAUGGUACACUGGCGACUGUUGGGUCUGACGGUCGCUUUAGCUUCUGGGAUAAAGACGCCCGCACCAAGCUGAAGACCUCGGAGCAGCUGGACCAGCCAAUCACAGCUUGCUCGUUCAACAACAAUGGCAACAUCUUUGCCUACGCCUCUAGCUAUGACUGGUCAAAGGUAACAUUUUGUCUCGCACCUCAUGUUAUGAUUGGUUGAUUUUAAGACUCAUUCUAUUCCUUCAAAAUGGCCAGGCAAUAUUUCUAAUAAGUUAAAUGUAUACAUCUUUGUGUUAAACCUCAGGGGCAUGAGUACUACAACCCUCAGAAAAAGAACUACAUCUUCCUGCGUAAUGCUACUGAGGAGCUGAAACCUCGGAACAAGAAAUGGUGAGUCAGACUGCCUGUGAUUGUCAACACAUUAAUCGCCUUUGAGCACCUCUAUGGUGACCUUUGCAAGACAUUCUAUGCAUAAGAAAUCUAGAACCACAUGUACAGUGCUAUGAAAAAGUAUUUGCCCCCUUUCUAAUUGUCUCUACUUUUGCAUAUUUGUGAUACUGAAUGUUAUCAGAUCUUCAACCAAAACCUAAUAUUAGAUAAAGGGAACAUAAGUGAACAAAUAACACAACAAUUACAUAUUUAUUUUAUUUAUUUCAUAAACAAAGUUAUGCAACACCCAAUUCCCCUGUGUGAAAAAGUAAUUGCCCCCUUACACUCAAUAACUGGUUGUGCCACCUUUAGCUACAAUGACUCCAACCAAAUGCUUCCUGUAGUUGUUGAUCAGUCUCUCACGUCGCUGUGGAGGAAUUUUGGUCCACUCUUCCAUGCAGAACUGCUUUAACUCAGUGACGUGGGUUUUCAAGCAUGAACUGCUCGUUUCAAAUCCUGCCACAACAUCUCAAUUGGGAUUAGGUCUGGACUUUGACUAGGCCAUUCCAAAACUUCCAAUUUGUUGCUUUUUAGCAAUUUUCAUGUAGACUUGAUUGUGUGUUUUGGAUCAUUGUCUUGCUGCAAGACCCAGCUGCACUUCAGCUUCAGCUCACAGACGGAUGGUCUGACAUUCUCCUGUAGAAGUCUCUGAUACAGAGCAGAAUUCAUGGUUCCUUCUAUUAAGACAAGUCGUCCAGGUCCUGAGGCAGCAAAGCAUCCCCAAACCAUCACACCACCACCACCAUGCUUGACCUUUGGUAUGAUGUUCUUACUGUGGAAUGCAGAGUUUUGGUUUUCGCCAGGCAUUACUGGAACCAUGUCGUCCAAAAAGUUAUACUUUUGAAUCAUCUGUCCAUAGAACGUUCUUCCAAGAGUCUUGAUUAUCAUCCAGGUGCUUUUUGGCAAACUUGAGUCAACUUUUUGGACGAGAUGGGUCCCAUUAUGCCUGGCGAAAACCAAACUCUGCAUUCCACAGUAAGAACAUCAUACCAAAGGUCAAGCAUGGUGGUGGUGGUGUGAUGGUUUGGGGAUGCUUUGCUGCCUCAGGACCUGGACGACUUGUCUUAAUAGAAGGAACCAUGAAUUCUGCUCUGUAUCAGAGAAUUCUACAGGAGAAUGUCAGACCAUCCGUCUGUGAGCUGAAGCUGAAGCGCAGCUGGGUCAUGCAGCAAGACAAUGAUCCAAAACACACAAUCAAGUCUACAUGAAAAUUGCUAAAAAGCAACAAAUUGGAAGUUUUGGAAUGGCCUAGUCAAAGUCCAGACCUAAUCCCAAUUGAGAUGUUGUGGCAGGACUUGAAACGAGCAGUUCAUGCUUGAAAACCCACACGUCACUGAGUUAAAGCAGUUCUGCAUGGAAGAGUGGGCCAAAAUUCCUCCAAAUGACGUGAGAGACUGAUCAACAACUACAGGAAGCAUUUGGUUGGAGUCAUUGCAGCUAUAGGUGGCACAACCAGUUAUUGAGUGUAAGGGGGCAAUUACUUUUUCACACAGGGGAAUUGGGUGUUGCAAAACUGUUUAUGAAAUAAAUAUGUAAUUGUUGUGUUAUUUGUUCACUUAUGUUCCCUUUAUCUAAUAUUAGGUUUUGGUUGAAGAUCUGAUAACAUUCAGUAUCACAAAUAUGCAAAAGUAGAGAAAAUUAGAAAGGGGGAAAAUACUUAUUCAUAGCACUGUAUAUUGGCGGACAAGCAAAGACUUGAAAGCAACAGACUUAAUGACUUUUUGUAAAUUUUUCUCAUGUCUCUAGAUUUGUCCAGUGUCUCGCCUGUUGUUUGCAAAAUGGAGGGUUGUCAAACACACACCUCAUGCCUGCAUGACCCUGUUCCUAUCCUGUGCCAACACCAAUGGUGGAGCUGUUGUGCUUGCAAAAAGACCAAUCACUUGAGGUCUUUCAUCUGCUUGGAAUUGGCCUGGCUAUUCUGUCCCAGCCACAGGCAUUCCAAUAGGGGUUGGAGAGUGAGGAGAUGAUAUUGUUUUGUAAUAUCUGAUAUUUUAUUUUCUAUUGUCAGUUGCUAGGUUUCCAUCGAA